GUUGUCGGCCGCGUUUCGCGUUGCUCCCGACCGUUAAUUUUUAAUAUCGAUGUAUGCUUGCACGUAUGCCCUAUUCUUGUAAUAGACUGUUUAUUUAAAGUGAUUUUCAUAAGUGUAGUGAGGUUAAAGUUUCCGAAGUGCAAUCGAGUGAAAAUAGUCGCUUGCGAACUGUUUCCUUAUUGGAUUGAAGCGACAUGGCAUGAGGGACAGCGCGUGCGCGACAUGCGGCGAGCGCCGCUCGCGCACUCUGCCACCGCCGCUCUUGUGCUCUCCUUUCUUCUUCCUUUAGCAUACGCUGGUUCGAUGGGCCCAGGUGUUCCCGAGAAUAUAACAGUCACCUUCCUGAAUCCGACAACAGUGAGAGUAUCAUGGUCUACUACUGCUGAGCUGGUGGAAAAAUAUGACGUUACAUACAAGCCCUCUGACGCUAGUUACAGAGUGGUCCUUGAAGUUGCUGGAAACUCGGACGCAGUGAUAUUGAGCGGACUGGAGGCAGAUACUCAGUACCAGGUGACUGUAGCAGCCUUGUGGGGAGGGCACAAGUACAGAAGUCGGCCGAUUGUCUUCCGCACACUGGAGCCACCGCGAACUUCACCUCAGCAGGACGGGGGCUUGGAGAUACCCCGUUCCUCGGUGACACCGCCAGAACCUUCUCCGACCUUUCCUACGAUAAGAGGCGUGGAAAUUGGUUUAGUAGUGUUAGUGCUGAUUAUAUGGAUCGGCGCUAUCACUCUCUUCUUCAAUCGUUGGGGCAAAAUCCGGAUGUUACUACCGUAUCAACCGGACUACAAACAGGAGCAAUUGAAAGUGCCAGGCAGCAGUGCUUUAGCUGCCGCAACAGCAGCUGGAACUUGUGGAGCACAUUCAGCAACGUCAGCUUGUUCGCAUAUGCGCUGGUCACACACUCACACACAGAGUCUCGAGUGCGAAGAGCGGUUACUCUCUCGGUGUAAUCGGCCUCGGGUCAACUCCGCCAUCUUUGUUUCUGCGGAGCCUACCGGUUUUGGCGCUUUUGAUCCUGGCGAGUUUUUGCGGCGACACGGAUCGCAAUCUAAGUUGUGCCGAAAAGCAAGAUCCGCCGACAAUAUACCACUAACAAGUAUGACAGAUUCAUCAGAGCGGCUAUGUGCAAUAAAAGCGCCUAGAGAAGAAACAAUAAGCGAAGAAGGAAAAUCCGAUGACAGUAGUAGUAUUGAAACUGUCAAGCAUUUUGGCCUGCCAAUCCUUUCUGUGUCCGGACCGUCACCCCCGGAUGAAGACUAUGAUCAGAUAGAUGAGUAUCUGUAGCAUUUCCACACUAGUUUCCAGCUGAAGUACGUGCUGGAAAAGAUGCGGCCCGCUUGGCCCAGCCCUGCACAAAGUCCAAUUCCUUUUGAAUAGGAACUUUAAUGUGGUCAGAACUUAUUAUUUCCUGGUGUGUGUCUUGUGGAGGGACCAUUUUUGUGCUUGCUUUCUUAUACACUAUCUAUAGCGUUAUAGAUUUUAAGACAUAAUAAUCAAAUUUACUACACUUUAAUAGAUUAAGUAUUGCACAAUAACUUCAAUAUCGUAAGACUAUACCAUGUUAUCUGUCAUAAUAUUUUAUUGCGGUAUGAUCUAUAAUUUGUGUAUAGACUUUUGUACCAAUUUAGAAUAACUAGAAUAGUUCAAUUUGCUAGGUAAUUGAGAUAAUUUGUCUCUCGUCUUUAAGACUAAUGUAAAAUAUCUUCUUUUACUAGAAUAAGUUUGAUGAUUUGAAGGUUGAACUUUGGUCCAAAAUACUGUAUUAUCAGCACAUAACGUGUUCUAGGUACUAAGAUUCUGAGGAAAUAUAAAUAUCCAACUCAAUCUUGCCUAAACAGAAUUGUCAAGUCAAUUAAAACCUUGUAGAUAAUCUUCGAAGGGACUAUGGCACUAUUAGGUAUAAAAGUAGAGAUAGUUUUAAAUUUUAAUGAAGUAUACAUUAGCUUUCGUAUUGUAUUAAUCAAUACCAGUCAUUAAAACGUGUAUCAAUAAUAUUGCUUUCGUAUAACAUAUACUUGUACUACAUAUUAUAAAAAUGUUUCUAUAUCGGAUAUUAACACAAAUUUACUACAUUAUUUACAAUACCAAUUAUAUAAAUAUAUAUAUGCGUUAAAAUUUUGGUUAAAUCUUUUCAAAAGUUUAGGUAAUUUUGUCCUAUCCUAUCGAAUUUAAUUGGUACAAUUUCCCAUGUAAGCUAAUGUAUACUUCGGAUUUCAAUGAACGACACUGGUGUAUAGGGACCAGACGAAUUGGCUAGGAAAGGUAAGCGUUUGAAUAUGGAACGAUUUUUACCUAUUAUAGUAACCACUUUUGAAUUUAAGACUUGUAAUUCCCUCCACUAUUUUUAGAUAUAUCGCGAAUUUCGUGCUGCACCUUACUCCAGAAGAAACUUCCCUUUAAAAUAGUAUUUUUAAAUUUACAUUUUGCAUCCUUUCUCCUUGAAAUAUAUAGAUUUAUCAUUUGAGAUUUGACUGUGUAACGUUUGGAUAAUGUAGUUGAGUGUGUAUAGACUGUUAAUAUGACAAAUAGCUUAUUUAAGAUUUAGUAGUUACUUCUAAGAGUCCUCUAUUUAGAUGGUAAAUAUUUGGCGUACUUUAUUAUAUUUAGUAGACCUAUAUGGCCUCAUAAAUUUCUCAUAAAAAUAUCUAAACGAUAAAAUUUGAGUUUAUAAUAUCAUACAAUUUGAUUUGACAAUUAAUUUUAAAGUGAUGUUAUUAUUAUAAACUAAUUUAUUGUAUUAAUAUUGUGUAAUAUACAUUAUAAUCGUCUAAAUCUAUUUGUAAUUAUUGAAAUAGUACUUUCAUUAUAAUAUGAUUUCUCUUCUGAAUAUGAUCAAUUGUAAUAUUAUGAGAGGUUUCCAGAAAUUACUAUUUUGUUGUCAGUAGAAUGGAUAGCCCAUUAACUUUUAUGGAAGAGACCUUUUUUAUAUCAAGAAUGAAAAAAAUUGUAUACACUCUAUUUUCAUUGACUAUAACAGUUCUAAAAACUUGAAUUUAAUUCGGUUAAGAAUUUUUAAAUAAUCGUCGAUAUAGGUAGUAGAUUUAUCGUGCCAAUCAUAACGUUACACAAUUUUGUGUUUAUAUAAACAUUAUGAGUGUAUGUUUGGCUAUUAAGUACAUCUUAGAUUAUGUGUGUAGCUUUUCCAAUAUAGAUUUCGUUUAUCUUAAUAUAAUUGGUGUACAUAUCUUACGCUCAUACAUAAUGUAAAAUAUCUAAUUAUUUACAUACUAUUUACUAUCACAAUAAA